GUGCAUUCAAAUGCAUGUAAUGUCAUCGAUGUGAACCCUCUUAUCAUUGCUCAAUUAGCUAACUUUAGCUAAAGCAUUCGUUAGCUAGCCACACGUUUGUUGUGUUAACGGUCAAUGACAGCUGGUAGAUUGGCUGUAGAAUGAUUAUCGGUGUGUUUUAGCUGUAUUGCUAGCUAACUGGCGAGUGGAAUGGGUCCGCAAUGAGCUUGCAGCCAAGUGACCUUUUGAGUUGAUAGCUACAGCUCGAGGUGUUCUCGUUAGCCAGCUUGCAAGUGCUAGCUAACCGUGACGUUGAUGCGACUAAUGUGCAGCUGAUGAUAUCUUACACAGAAGCCUGGUCAAAACAAGCAAAGUCAAAAAUUAUGCAGUGAACCCUGCAUCGAUUCUGAAGAUGGUCUGAGCUGAGAGGUUCUCCCACCUGCCGGUCUCUGCAAAAGGUUGCUGUGUCAGAGACUCCAAAGAGAAGAGUACACAGCUUCCCAAGGCCAUGGAAGACUCUCACACUUUAUACAUCUCAGAGUUGGGAGAUGAUGAAAAUUUAGAGGGGGAUAAGGAGCUUGAGGAAACUCACUGCAGUCUUUAUUUAAUGUCCAUGGAAACGGAUGAGCUGGCAGAUUCAAACACAAGUUUGCAAAAACCUGAGACCAAAGGCUGUGACCUGAAGCAGGAUUUAGGAUCGGUCUCCCAUUCAACAACCCCUGAGCUCCCAGAGGAUCCUGACCAUGACCCUGAUGUAGAGCUCCAGGACUCAUUUCCCUGCCAAUUCUGUGAAAGAAAUUUUAGCAGCAAGCAAGGCUUAGAACGUCACAUACACAUCCACACCUUAGCUAACCACCACACACACAUAUUUAAGUGUAAGUACUGCAGCAAGUCCUUUGGCUCAAAAAUUGGCCGGCGACGGCAUGAGAGGAGACAUGAAAAUGCAAAGGCAAGGCCUGGAUCUUUAAUAAAGCCUGUGGAGCCUCUAAGUUCUGCCCUACAGCACAACGGUCCAGAAUGUGGUUCUUCUCCCAGUAGCUCCGGUGCCUCUGUUUUGGCAGACAGAGAACAGAUGCCUACGUCAAAUGAACAUGGAGAAUUACAGGGUGGUCACACUUGCAAGUAUUGCAAAAAGGUUUUUAGCACACAUACAAACAUGCGACGACAUCAGCGCAGGAUCCACGAGCGCCAUCUCCGGCUCAAAGGUAAGGAAGCCACACUGUUGCAGGAAGCAAAACAUCCAAAGCUAUCCCCUAUUAAAUCUCAACAGAAUACCAACAACACAAGCCCAGUAGCAGUUCUUGAGAUCGAAAGUGACCAAGAGGAGCAAUAUAUGCUGGAUAUCUCUGGUAACAUCUCUGAGAACCUCAGCUUUUAUAUAGAUGGGAAGAUUGUAUCAACAAGCACUGUCAGCGGCUGUGAGGUAGUUGAAGUGAACUCUGGAUCUGCUACUUUAGUUGGACUAAAUGCUGUGAUUAUUAAUCCUGCCCAGAUCAGUCAGGCUCUUAAAGUAGAGACUGCUACUCACACAGGAAAAGGGAUAUCUGGUCAACCCUUGACAAAAAGAAGAACUGCCACACCACCUCUUCUACCCCAAAUCAAAACUGAACUAGAAUCGGAAGUUGUUGUGUCCUCCUCUUCUUCAUCAUCAAUUGUGUCAUCUUUGAUAGAAAGUCUCAUUCCUCAGAACACAGAGUCUACUAUCCUUCAGAGAGAGAGAACAGUUUAUCUGUCACCUAAGCUGAAACAGCUCUUACAGAUGCAAGAUGGCCUCAAACCCAGCUUUGCCCUGAUCACAGAAGGCCAGAAGCUGUGUUCACCACUUUCCCUGGCUGUCCUCCCAGCAGGAUUGGGGAGGUUUAAAAGAAGGACAGGGUCUCCCCCAAACUCACCACAACAAAGCCCUAUGUUGAAUGUUGAAAGCACAACAGAUGUGGGUGUUUCUAUUGCUGUCAAUGCCCCAACUUCAGAGAGCCAAUGCAGUUCACCCGCAUGCAGUUUAUCCAGUAAUGAUGAGAGUGAGAUCUCCAACAGUCCACCAGUAAACGAUGCAAUGACAACUCGUCUCUUGCCAGAGGGAUGGUCCCCAAUGAGUGGGGGUAGUUCCUGCAACCAGCAACCUUUGGACCUCUCAAACGCUGUCAAGAAAAGUGAAGACGAAGCCCUGCGGGAAGCUGUGUUGGACUUGAGUGUGCACAGAAAGAGUGCAGAUGAUUCAGAAGCAAAGAGAAUUUUAGUUCCACAACCCUUAAAUAAAAAGAGGAAGCCAAACACCAGCAUGUUGGAGAAGGUGCUGAUGAAUGAGUACGCAAACUUAGAGGUUGCUGCAGAGCACGAAUUAAGUAUAUUAGAAAAUCAUGAUGCACCAUUAGGUACAGACUUUGCCAUAGUUACUGCUUCGUAUAUGUCACCUGCUACUGAAGGCGAGGUGUUCGGAUUAACUUUGCCCUCUUCAGCACUUAGUCCAUCCCCUUCCUCUCUAGCUUCAGUCACCAGGCAAUCGAUCUCACCAUGCACCAUAGCACUUGCUUCCCCAUCUCCACAUCCAGUCUUACCCACUGCUCCGUCGCUAAUUACUGUUUUAGCACCACCAACAUCUUCCUCUAGCAAUUUCACAAAUCAACCUAUCCUUCAAGUAUUGGCCCCUAAGAUAUCUCCUAAACCUUUAAUAAUCUGCACUGAAAAUUCAUUGAAUUCAGCUGAGUGUGAGUGGAGAGCUGCUUUGCCAGAUUGGGCUACCUCUAAUUCUGAAAGCCAACUUGCCAUCUCUAAACCCCUUGACCCAACUCUCAAUCUACAAGGGCAUGUGUUUCUCACAGAUCACACUAUAAAUCAAAUAGCUCUGAACACUACCACAGUUGAUUCCAACAUUGGAUUUGAAGUGCCAACAUGCUCUCCAGCUUUAACUCUAAACGAUUCCCUUAUCAACUCCUUUGACAUUACUAGUAAUACUGUUUUAAUUGAAUGCACAGUUGCUCUUGAAACCCCAGAGAACCUUGUCCCUACCACAAUUGCUUUCCAAGAAAAUAAUUUUGAAUCCACAGCACCUGCGCAAAUUGUCAUAAAUCAGCAGCAGCUUCUGUCCUUGCCUCAUGAAACCGUUGACCCUACUAUUUUAGUAUCUUCUUUAGAGCAAUCGGUUACCCUUUCAACGCUGUCUGCAGUCAUAUCUGAAUGUCAAGAAUCCAUUUCCUCCCCUGUUCCUGCCAUUAUUAAAAAGGAAUCUAACCAAAAGGUAGUAUCAGAGGACAUAUCUAUCUGCCCCUCUAAAACAGCACCUCCCUCUGAGGGCACAAGUCAAGUGGAAGAAUCAUCAAAUGAGACCCUCUCCAAGCUACAAGAGACUUUCACUAAGGAAUUCAUAUGCAAUGUAUGUGAUAAGCUUUUUCAUUCAAUGAAGGAACUGGGUCAUCAUGUAAGUGAGCAUUCUGAUGAAUGGCCAUACAAAUGUGAGUUCUGUGUGCUGCUCUUUGGGAAGCCCACGGCAUUGCUUGAUCACAGGUCAACCCUCCAUGGCGUCGGCAAGAGCUAUGUUUGCUGCGCAUGUACAAAGGAAUUUGCUUAUCUUUGCAACCUGAAACAUCAUCAAAAGGAGUUGCACCCUGGCCAGGAAUGCAAAUACACAGAGGAAGAAAAUGGCAAGCUACGACCCCAGAACUACAACAAUUCAACAAAAGUUAGCACAGAGGCUUUGUCCUACUGUGCCAUGGCGGAGUCCAAUAAACCUGUCAUAAAAGAUGAGGGAGAAUUAGAUGACGCUACUGAGGAACUCUUUACCACAAUAAAGAUAAUGGCUUCUGAGGGAGGAAAACCCAAAGGCCUGGAUGUUUGUCUUGGCAUCAACCAACACUAUCCCAGUUUUAAGCCGCCUCCGUUUCCCUAUCACAACCGGACACCUGUUGGCUCUGUAGCCUCAGCUACCAACUUCACCACCCACAACAUCCCACAAACCUUCAGCACUGCUAUCCGAUGCACUAAAUGUGGCAAUAGCUUUGAUAACAUGCCAGAGCUGCACAAACACAUUCUUGCCUGUGCAAAUGCCAGUGACAAAAGACGCUACACACCCAAUAAGAACCCCAUUCCUCUUCGUCACUUUGCAAAAGCCCAAAAUGGAGUACUGUCCUCUACUAAUUCCACUAAUGGCCAAAAUGCUCUACACACGGCAAGUCAAACAAAUCGUCCCAAACUCAAUCAGGAGCCACCUGCCAAGUUGAAGCUUAAUGCACUCAACAAAAGGAAAAAACAUCUGGUACAGAGGGCCAUUUCACAGAGGAGUAAGUCUACCUCUUUGACAAAGAAAACCUCUUCUCUAGUGAAUGAGGAGCAAGAGAUCUAUGUCUGUCCACAUUGCAUUAGAGAAUUCACAUACCGCCGCAGCCGAACCAAGCACAUGGCCGUCUGCCCCAGGAAACCUGCUGCCAAAGAGGCCAAGAAAAGAAAAGAUGGCAGUAUCUCUUACACUAAGGAAAAUAACGGCCACCUUCGCGGAGAAGUCCUUCAUUUGGAAGAGAAAUCUGACCAUGAACAGAAAAGCAGAGCCCAUAGUUCUAGUCCAACAAAGAGGACAGCCAUAUUACCAGCUCAUAAAGUCCUGUCAAACAAAAAAAGUAAAGCCAUCAUUGCAAUGGCAAGUGUCCAAACACCGCAGGAGGCACCCAAACUGACUGCACUGUCUCUUGUUCGCCCUUUCAACUCCCCACAACGUCAAGGCAAUAGGAUGCCGCAUGGUGUAAAGGAAAUUCGUUCAAACAUUACAAUGGUGAAAUCCCACCAACAACAACCACAGGUGGAUGAGCACCCCUGCAGUCAGAGUGGAAGGGUGAGGGGACCAGUGACCCGCAGUCUACAGCAGAUUGUCGUCACAGCUUCAGCAAAGGAAGAACAGCUGACCAGUCAGGAGCCACCAAGGGAUCUGCAGGAUCCUUCAAUUUGAGAUUCAUCCAAUGGACUGCUUCAGACAGUGGACAAUUGAGGAUCAUGAUACAUUUGUGGAGGCUUAAUGAAAUAAAAACAAAUGCAAGAAGAGAUGGAGAAUGCAGCAGUGGGUAGGUGCAAUCGGACAAUGUAUGGAGGCUUUCAGAGAACAUUUUUGUUGUGCAUUUCUUGUCCUUUUCAUAGAAUGUUUGGAAAAGACUGCUGUGCACUUUGAGAAACUUUACCUGUGAUGGGCACGUGCAUCACAGAAUAAGUAAUCUGAUGAUUAUCUGAAAAAAUUACUUAUUUAAAAAGCCCAUCCCUAUGAAUAACUAGUGAGGUUUGCAAGUGGCAAUCAUAGGGGCAUGCAGUUAUUACAUUUUUUUCAGUUAUCCAAAUGUGUACUGUUAUGUGGCCUUUUUAUUUUGAACCUAAAUGCAUGCUACCAGUUUAUUGUAGUAUUAGAUUGCCCCUUUCUCACUGAGUCUGUCCAAUUUUAAACCACACUUUUUAGGUUUGAAUGAUCAUCAACUUGUGAAACUCUGGAUCUCUUAAAAGGAUAGUUUUCCAAAUGUUUAACGUAAUCGUAAUAAUUGUCAUACUUCAAGAGGAGUUAUGUGGCUGUCUUAAAAUUUUUAUACAAGCUCCAAGGAAAGACCUGAGAAGUAAACAAUGCAUGGAAUGUGAGUAUAAAAACCUAGAGCUGGGCGAUAUUUGAUUAAUUAGAAUGUAUGUUUAGCGCGAUAUUCCAAAUGCCUCUAUCUCAGGAAUCCAUUUUUUUUAAUGAGCGUUUGUCUGAUUUUUCUCACGUUGUACCUACACAUUUACACACACCAAGCCCAGCCCCCUGCCACUCACAACAACAAAAUGAGAGAUCGCUUCUUCUCUGACAGUGGUUUCAACUCUCAUUUGCAUUUUAGGUUUGGUCCGACAGAAUCUGUCAUGGAAACCAAAACCCAUAAAAAGGUUAAUCUCCUCUAUUACAGUAAAGUAAUGUUUCUAAUGGAGACCCCCUGGGGGUUAGGGGGGCCCAGAUAGCAUAUGAACACUCAUAAAUAAUGGCAAAAUGUGUAGAAUUGCAGGAAAUUUGCUUUAAUGGUUGACUUUGGGUGCGAUAAGCGGUCCAACUUCUCAAUUGUCAAACAGAAAUGGGGUUUGCCUUGGGUGUCAUCCUGGUCAUGCGCGGCAUGACUGACGUAGCUAGUUUGUUAGCUAAGAUAGCCACUUCUAGCUAGCCAGUAACUCCUCCAGUAUGUGUUUUUUAUUUUUUAUCCCAUUUUUCUCCCCAAUUUUCGUGGUAUCCAAUCGCUAGUAAUUACUACCUUGUCUCAUCGCUACAACUCCCGUACGGGCUCAGGAGAGACGAAGGUCGAAAGCCAUGCGUCCUCCGAAGCACAACCCAACCAGCCGUACUGCUUCUUAACACAGCGCGCCUCCAACCCGGAAGCCAGCCGCACCAAUGUGUCGGAGGAAACACCGUGUACCUGGCCCCCUUGGCUGGCGCGCACUGCGCCCGGCCCGCCACAGGAGUCGCUAGAGCGCGAUGAGACAAGGAUAUCCCUACCGGCCAAACCCUCCCUACCCCGGACGACGCUAUGCCAAUUGUGCGUCGCCCCACGUACCUCCCGGUCGCGGCCGGCUGCGACAGAGCCUGGGCGCAAACCCAGAGACUCUGGUGGCGCAGUUAGCACUGCGAUGCAGUGCCCUAGACCACUGCUCCACCCGGGAGGCCCCCUCCCAGUAUGUGUUGACGUCAUCUCACACGAUUUGUUUUUGGACGGAAGCUGUAGAGAUUGGCAAGAAAUGGAACUUCUAUAGCCAAAUAUCUUAUUCAUCAGUAUAUAUUUUUAUUUACGCAUUUCAUGACCUUGGAAUUAUGGUGCAUUGAUCAGUUAUACAGUUUAAAGCCGUUAUUUUAGAGUUUUUGCCCAAAGUCUACCUUUUUUAAAGUAGCAUUCCAGUGUUUCCAGAUGUCUAUGAAAUAUGAUCUAUAUUUAAUUACAAUACGAGUUAAAUAUUUUUUCUUCCAAUAUUUUUUUAUUAUGUUAAGCAGCUGGGUGUAUACCAGUCAUUAAAAUUAUUCAUGGGAGUAGGCCGCUGAUUGGCCAGCUCAUCCUCCUCUUUGAAGAAAUAGCAAGCAUUUUUUUUAUGGUCUGUUUGAGAUAUAGUUAUCAUUAUCUCAGACGGGGACCCCCGUCUACUGUUCGUUGUGGACUUGUCAUUGAGAGAUUGUUUAUGAGACCUGUGUUAAUAAUUUUCUAUAAUGCCUCCAACAAGAAGUUAGUCAUUAUUAGUGAAUGUGCAUUAUGCAUGGUUCUGGUUAAAUUUUUAACAAAAGACUUAAACCAGAUCAGUGAUUAUUGCAGAAAAGCAAUUUAAACAAUGACAUUAUUAAUUGGGUCUUAUGGUUGUGGAAGGAUUAUAUUUACCCUAGGUAUAAUUUCACAAGCCAUGCAUUCUUUAGAUUAUUGCUGCCUGUUUUAAAUGCAGGGUAUUUUACCUUUAAUUGUACAACAAAGCUUAUUUAAAGAGAACGUUUUUUUUUUUAAUUGACGUAUAUCGUGAUGCGAACCUAUGUUUGAAAAAAUUGAGAUUUUUUUGGGCCUUAUCGCCCAGCCCUAUUAAAAACCUAGACUAAAAAGUAAUGUUCUGAAAUCUUUCAUUCAAUGUCAAACACGGAUCUUCGCUAUUGAUAUUGUCACAAUAUAACUUGAAUUGAACUAUUUUAGGCAAGACUUCAUACUCACAUUACAUGCAAUGUUUAGUUCACAGGGAUUUCCAUAUAGCUUGUAUGCAAAUUGAAAGAUGGUUAUAACUCAUCGUGAGCUAAGAAAAUAAUUAACAUUGCAAUACCCCUGUGGUGCUGUUUCGCCCAAUGCGGAUCUCAGCUUUAAAGGUGAAUUCUGUAAGAAUUAAACAUCUUGAAGGCCCUUAAAGCUAGAGUCUGGGAUUGAUAUAUCCAUAAAUGAAUUAUAUACAGCCCAUGAUUUUUGAAGAAUUUAACUUCUACAUACCUGCAUUAGCGUACAACUGCCUUACGCAAUCAUAGCCCAAAAUAUAAGCUUGUAAUUGUAAACAAAAAAGCAUCACAAACAAAUUAACUAAUGUGGUUGUCAUGGACUGUCAGUCCUUGCAUUUAGAUCAGUGUGUAUGAAUUUGAGAGGGCUACAUUUCCCUAGCACCAUCCCUCCGCUGUAUACUAAAUUAGGAGGCAGGGCGGCUGUUUUGUUUUUUGACAGUAGAUUUCAAAAACCAAAUGGCAGCCCUGCCACUUGUUUAGGCACUUCCUGUUCAGCCAGCAGACUGUGAACAAUGGAGAUGUUUUUAUGACCAGUUAAGCUAAAUCAAGGAGUUUUUGCACAUUUUAUAUACAAUUAGGUCAAUUUAGGCACAUUUCUCAAGCCCAUGCAAACCUGCAGAAACCUAAAUUGUGGAUUAUGGAAGAUAUAUUACGCUGCACAAAGCCAAAUCCUUUAAUAUUUGAAGCAAAUCAUUAUGAUUUUGUUUGUAAACAAUGGAGUAAUAAAGGCAUAUUUUGAGCUGUGGUAGACAGCUGUGCUAAGCUUGUAAAGCAUUUCUACUGUAAGUUCUAUUCUUCAAUAAUUAUAUAUAUAUAUAUA